UCCGCUUUCGCGAGCUUCUGGAACAGGAAGUGAAACCUGCUUCUGCUGAGUGCUUGUAGCACUUUGUUCGGAAAGUUGGGCUGCCUUUGACGGCUCCGGAGCUUUGCAAGAUGGACAGCCAAGGAAGAAAGGUGGUGGUUUGUGAUAACGGAACAGGGUUUGUGAAGUGCGGCUAUGCCGGAUCCAACUUCCCAGAACACAUCUUCCCAGCACUGGUGGGCCGGCCCAUCAUCCGCUCCACAGCUAAAGUGGGCAACAUUGAGAUUAAGAAUAACAAAAAAAUGGAUCUGAUGGUGGGAGACGGAGCGAGUGAGCUGCGCUCAAUGCUGGAGGUCAACUAUCCCAUGGAGAACGGCAUCGUCAGGAACUGGGAUGACAUGAAGCACUUAUGGGAUUACACCUUCGGUCCAGAGAAGCUCAACAUCAACUCACGCAACUGCAAGAUCCUCCUCACAGAACCGCCCAUGAACCCGACCAAGAACCGCGAGAAGAUCAUAGAGGUCAUGUUUGAGACGUACCAGUUUGCCGGGGUCUACAUCGCCAUCCAGGCCGUCCUGACGCUUUACGCUCAAGGCCUGUUGACCGGGGUGGUGGUGGAUUCGGGCGAUGGAGUCACCCACAUCUGUCCUGUGUACGAGGGCUUCUCUCUGCCCCAUCUUACAAGGAGGCUGGACAUUGCUGGACGGGACAUUACACGCUAUCUCAUCAAGUUGCUCUUGCUGCGAGGCUAUGCUUUCAACCAUUCGGCAGACUUCGAGACGGUGCGCAUGAUGAAGGAGAAGCUCUGCUACGUGGGAUACAACAUCGAGCAGGAGCAGAAGCUUGCUCUGGAGACCACCGUACUGGUGGAGUCCUACACGCUCCCCGAUGGCCGGGUUAUUAAGGUCGGAGGGGAGCGCUUUGAGGCCCCAGAAGCUCUGUUCCAGCCUCACCUCAUUAACGUGGAAGGGGUCGGAGUGGCUGAGCUUCUCUUCAACACCAUUCAAGCAGCAGACAUCGACACCAGGGCCGAGUUCUAUAAACACAUUGUUCUGUCAGGAGGAUCCACCAUGUACCCCGGCCUGCCCUCUCGACUAGAGAGGGAACUCAAACAGCUUUAUCUAGAGCGGGUACUAAAGGGCGACGUCGACAAGCUCUCGAAAUUCAAGAUCCGGAUCGAGGACCCUCCCCGCCGCAAGCACAUGGUGUUCCUGGGAGGGGCGGUGCUGGCUGACAUCAUGAAAGACAAGGACAACUUCUGGCUGACGCGGGAGGAGUAUCAGGAAAAGGGCGUGCGCGUUCUGGAGAAGCUCGGCGUCACCGUCAGAUAAACAUCCCCCCGUCUCUUUUGUGACUCGUGUCAUCAGGUGUGGAUUUAUGGGUUUGGAUUGUGAAAGCCGCGGGUGGUUUUCUGUUGCGUUUGGUCCUCUGUCACCGCGCUGAUAUUUGUGACCCUGGAGCGCAAAACCAGUCAUAUAACCAACAUGUAAGCCAAAAAUCAUUAGGAUAUCAAGUAAAGAUCAUGUUCCACGAAGAUAUUUUGUACAUUUUCUUAACGUAAAUGGAUGGGAGUGUGAUUUUUGAUUAGUAUGCAUUGCUAAGAACACCAUUUGGAUGGCUUUAAAGGUGAUUUUUCUCAUGUUUUUUUGUUUAUAUAUAUUUUUUGCACCCUCAGGUUCCAUAUAGUUUCUCAGCCAAAUACUGUCCGAACAAACCAUACAUCAACAGAAGGUUUCAGCUUUUCAUAUGAUCUGUAAAUCUUGAUAUUAUAUUGUCUAGUAUGGCUGGUUUUGUUCUCCAGGGUCUCGUAUGAUUGUGUGUCGGCACAGCAUUAGUCAUUCCUGAUUUGCAGUACGUUUUCUUGUCUUCUUCAUAUAAUGUAGAAUCUAAAUUCAUAUAUAUAGUAUAUAUGCACACUACCAUUCAAAAGAUUUAUAAAUAGGUCUCACCGAGGCUGCGGUUAUUUCAUUAGUAAUGCGGUAAAAUAUUAAGUCUUCAGUGUCACAACCUUCAGAAAUCAUCUUAUUAUGAAGAUCAUGUGAAAAUGAUGAUAUUAUUAUCAAUGUUGAAAACCAUUGUGCUGCUUAUUUUGUUUCAUUUUUGAUUGUUGGCUUUUUCAGGAUUGUUUUGAUGUCUUUUCAUUCAUUUAAAAAAAAAAAAAAAAAAAACCCAAAGAAACUAAUCCUACCGACCGGUCUUACAAACUUUUGAAUGGUAGUGUGUACUAUAAAUGACAAAUAAUGCACGUAUAUCUUGAAUAAAAUUAGAAACUCUAUUUUUAAAGAUUAAAUUCAUGUCGAUUUUAGUUUUUGCAGCAUCACGAUUAAACGUACAUGGAUGUUUUCAGUCAUUUCAGCACUUUUACUGUGGGAAGCCCCAUUCACAACAAGAUUGACAUAACUAUAAAGAUUACUGUAACGAUCAUGAUAUUAGCGUCCACACCGGCGAAUUAUAUUGCGUGUCUGCGGCUUUAAAUUCUGAUCGGCUGUCCGUGUUUGUAUUGCUCCUCAACUGAAAAAAAAUCGUUCUGGAAGUGAUUCACAAAAUUGUUUCUCUGUGCCUUUUUCGUUAUAGUUGCGGUGAGGACUCAUUUUUUAAUAGCAUUUUUUUCAUUUUAUUAUUAGCAGUUAAUUUAAUAAAUCCUGCGAUUGUUUCUCAAACAUCUCAACCGUCUUAACAACCGAAAACCGCAGAAAUCACGAUACGAUCAAAAUCCCGAACGAUUACUUUUGACACUUCAAAGCAAUUGUUUCGGAGCGCAGGCUAACUUUAGCUCUUUCUUUCCGACCUGUUAGGCAAGUUUCCUGCCUUUUGUCCAAAUAAUGCAUUUUUAAUGAAUGACCUUUGCGUGUCUGAAAGGACUUUUGCAGACGCACGACAGAGCGCCAGUGCUGCGUGACAGAAACGGACCAAUCAGCGACGAGCAAUGUUUAACAGCGACGCUUCCGAGUGUUACCGACAGGCGCCGUCAUCACGUCUGUAUUACGGCUGACUCUUAGAAGCUGUAACGAAUCCUCUCGCCGUGAGAUGUGUUGUACUGCAUGUCAGUCUGGUGACAGAGACACAAACGAGCUAUCAUCAGUGUGUAAUGGAAGGGCGGGAAACAAAAUACUUGUCUUUUUUCCGGUUUGUUUUCUGUUCUCUGCCAGCUUUGCGACGACUGAAACUGAGCAACCAAACCUUAUUACGGCCGUGGAGCUUUAGCCCUGUAGCUGAGAGAAGCCUUUCUGCUCUUUCUGUCUGUCAGUGUGUCAUGUGUUCGUCCAGAGUAACAACAGGGGUUACUCACAAGUGUUUAUUAUUAUUAUUAUUAUUAUUUAGCAUUUUGAGAGUUUGGACUGAGAGUCUGUGGGAUUUUUACUAAUGUAUUUAUCAAGCGGGCCAGUCUUCUGCAAAGUCUGCCUUUGAAAACGUUUCAACAGCUACAGCUGAAGUUUUAUGUUGCUCAUAGACAUGCAAAAUUAUAUAUUAAGAAGAUUUGUACGAAUUCUUUUAGUCCCUUUGUUGUUGUAAUUAUUGCUGGUUUUUUUUUUUUUUUUUACUUUUUAUUCAUUUUCUCUUGCAGUGCUGUGUCUGGCGUAGAAUGAAAUAAUAAUAAACAAUCUCCUGCUAUAUCAGUCA